CCGGGAGGCUCCUCUCCUCAGACGGCACCCCAAGCCUGCAGGGAGCCUAGAUUGCUCCCUGUUACCCCAUGCCUAGGACAGGUUUCCAAAGUGCCUACAUGGGCAGUCUGCCUUCGGAGGUUGGAACUCUGAGGCCCAGUUACUUGCCCAGGAAUUCUACACUAGCAGUCGUCAGGCAGAGCCGUCUCCUGCCUCAGCACGCGGCUCCCUCCCCUUGUCCCUCCGCAGCCAUGGUCUGGGUGAAGCUGGGCUCCGCCAACUUCUCCAGCUGCCCCAACGGCUCCAGCCAGUGGAUAUGGGACGUGCUCGGCGAGUGCGCCCAGGACGGCUGGGACAAGGCCAGUGUGGGCCUGGGCUUGCUCUCCAUCCUCUGCUUCGCGGCAUCCACCUUCCCCCAGUACAUCAAGGCCUGCAAGACUGGCAACAUGGACCAGGCCCUGUCGCUGUGGUUCCUCCUGGGCUGGAUCGGCGGAGACUCCUGUAAUCUCAUUGGCUCCUUCCUCGCUGACCAGCUGCCCCUGCAGACCUACACGGCUGUGUACUACGUCCUGGCCGACGCGCUGAUGCUGUCGCUGUACCUUUAUUACAAGUUUAAGAAGCGCCCCUCUCCGUGGUCUGCCCCCAUCAACUCUCUGCUCUUGUUCAUCCUGGCCGUGGUGUGUACCACCCCGCUGCUGAGAAGCGCUGGCUCGGUGGCUGCCCCGAGGGAAGUCUUCCAGGGGCGGACACUCCUGUCCGUGGAGCCGGGCAAUAAGCCCUUCACGAGAAAGGAGAUCAUUGGCUUCGUCAUCGGCUCCAUGUCCAGCGCGCUGUACCUGUUCUCCCGGCUGCCUCAGAUCCGCACCAACUUCCUGCGGAAGUCGACCCAGGGGAUCUCGUACUCACUGUUCGCCUUGGUGAUGCUGGGGAAUACGCUGUAUGGACUGAGUGUGCUGCUCAAAAACCCCGAGGAGGGCCAGAGCGAGGGCAGCUACGUGCUACACCACCUGCCCUGGCUCGUGGGCAGCCUGGGUGUCCUGCUGCUCGACACCAUCAUCUCCGUGCAGUUCUUCAUGUACCGGCACGCCGCCCCCUCAUCCGAGCGCCAGCCGCUCCUUCCCGGCUGAGCAGGACCAGGCUGAGCCCAGGAGGUGCCCGGGGCCUCCUGACGCCCCCAGGAAGGGAGAGGCGUGCAGUGACGGCGCUGCCUGCCCCGGUCUGGGCCGGGGGAGCGCCGGGGAGCCUGGAACUGCCGGCCCAAACGCCCCUCCAGCACCCCCAAAGGCUCGUGAGCUGAAGCCCUGGCUGACUGCCUCUUCCUGGAGGACGGCCCUUGGGCCCCCCACCCCAACUUGGGACUUGUCCUCCGCGGGGCCGGAGGCCACUCUCCCUGGAGCCCGGGGAGGGGCUGCAGCAGACACUCGCCCCUCAGAGUACCUGAGCCCCAUGGCUCACCUACCUCACUGCCCGUCACCCCCUUGGCACCCCCCACCCCCCAAGGAGGGGCCCAGGCGCACCCAGGCCUGCCCUGUCCACCACACGUGGCCUAGUAAACGGUACUCCCAGGCGGCCUGUGGUGGUCUUCCUUCCCCAGAUGCCAGGUUCUGGGGAAUGGGGAGGGAUGGGAGUCAGGCCCCAGGUGGGCGUGAGGGCUCAGAGUGUGGGAGAUCCAGGCCGGAGGCGGCUGUGUCUGCUGGCCUGUCCCUGCCCAGCCUCCCGGGCCUCUGGGUUCUUCAACCUAUUUCUUUGUGACGGCUCCAUACCUGGUGGUAAGGACACAGUGGCGAGAAAAGACCCUCCAACAGGGUCCCUGCUCUGCGGCGCUCAGCAAGAAGCAGGACAGUUAAGGUUCAGACCUUGGUUCUGCAUCUCAGCUUCCCUGUGCCACACUUACCUCAUCCGUGCAAUGGGACGAUAGUACCACCACUUCACACGUCCUGCUAAGGAGUAAAUAAAAUGGUGUGGUUACGGAGGUUACCCCAAGUCUGGCGGCAGUAGAAGCUCCAUGAAGGUUAGCUUUGGUCAUUUUUUGAUGGCGGAGGAGGACAGUCAGAUUCCCCUGGAAAUCGGGGAGACCUUCCUGGAGGAGCUGACGCGGCAGAAGGAUGAGCGGGAGAUAACCUGGGGGAAGUAAGGGUGUUGCAGGCGGGAAGGGUGGAGAGGAGGGCAGGGCUCAGCCCCGGGCUCUAGCUCCCCUGCCCCACCUUGGUGUGUCUCCCAGACCCCGUCCCGAGUCCACCUCCUCUUGGCUGCAGCCCCGUGGGGGCCAGUGACAAAGCUCCCCGCUGUGCUGGCCCCACACACCGUGCCCUGCCCGCCCAGGUCCCAGGAGCCAGCGGGGUGGGAGGCGCCAGGUGAGGCCGAAGGCUGGUGGGGAGGAGGCGGGCCUCAGCGUGAGCCUGUCUCAGCAUCUUCCUCCUCCAGCCUCAGGGGAUGCCCGGCCCAGUCUGGUGCCACAAAAAUUUGCCAAAGGCAGCUCUCCUCUCCACCCUGGCCCAUGCUGUGCUGGGCAUCUGGGGUGAACCCAUCUGGUCCUCACCCUCAAGGAGGGGAGAUGGUUGCCGGGCUGUGGAGGGAAGGACUGGCCAGAAGGUACAAAGUGCUGGAGGAGUGGGGAGGCAAUCAGGGAAGGCUUCCUGGGGGAGUGGCCCUGGAGCGGGUGGGGCCCCUGUGAGGAUGGUGGUGGGGCUGGGCCGGAUGCCCAGGCUCCGGGCAGGCAGCUGGAUUUGGUGGGGGGAAGAGGAGGAGGGAACUGGGGUCUGGGGAGCCCCCUCUGAGGUUCAGCUGGGCGCUGGGGCGAGGGCCGGGCCUGCGGGGCCCCCGGUGUCACCUGGCCUGCAGCUGAUGUUUGCUGAGCACACGCUGUUUGGGGCCAGGCCGUGCCCUCUUGCACCCCACAGCCCCAUCUGAGGGAGGUGCGGUCAUCGUGGCCAUUUUCCAGAUGGGAAAACGGGCUCUGAAGAGCUAAGCAGCGUGCCGGGGCCUGGGGCCAGAAGCAGUUCCAUGGGUAUGAGGCCCCUCAUUGCAGACGCCAGCCUGCCCCCGGCUCCCCCCUCGCCACAGCCGUCAGAGGCCCCGCCCCUGGCUGGGGGCCCAGCCCCACCCUUGCCCGUGGGGCCCACCCAGGCCCGGGCCCCCUGCCCACCGUCCUGAGCAGCACCUCCCACGCCCACGUGCCAGCCGCUUCAGUGCCCUUUGCAGCCAGGGUCCGGCUCCACCCAGGGCUGUGGCCGGGCCGGUGGCCCCGCAGCCAGAGGACCUGGGGGCUCAGCGUGAAGCCAGGUGCCGGCGGGCAGAGCUGGGCGGGGAAGGGACACAAACUAGCACAGCCCCUGCCCUGGGGGUGGGGCUGACAUAAUCCCUUCCUUCUGGGGAACACCCCGUCUGGUGGGGUGACGGCUCUUGCUUGCAGGCACCACCCAGUCUAACGAGAGCUCUGGUUCUUUCUUCCUCAGCCAGUCCGAUGGUGGAGACAUGGGCAUGCCCUGUCUGACAGAGGCCAUCGGGGCAGUGGACGCACAAGGCAGGUUUGCCAGGUGAAGGCUCAUCAGCGUGUCCACCCACACGGGAACAGGGUUCCUCGCAAAGUGGGCGGACCAGUCUGACCAUCAGUCGGUUCCACUGCCCAGACUGGGCCGUGCU